AUGUUUUCAAGCACAGCUGCAGAGCCAAUGCGAGCAUUUCCGCUCCACGAACGUCAACCCAGCGAUCAAUCGCGGUCAUAUGCCAACCCACCUCGACACUUGGUCGAGUUGCCACGUCCACUGGAGCCCCGGCCCACCCAUCAACUGCACUCAGCACACUCUGAAGCUUCUCGCGAUCGAAGGCGAUCAGAUGGUUUUGGCCAACCAGCGCCCAUGCAGCCAGAGUACCGACCACAGACACAGAAUCUUCCACGACUUCACGACAUUUUAACGUCAGGUCCUUCAGCACCAAGCCCGCCAACAUAUGGAGGCAGCUGGAACAAUACAGCUGGGCCACCAGCUCUCCAGCAGAACGGCGAUGGCCAUUACAGCCAUAAUGGAUGGCACCCACCCAUGGUAGAGCCACCCCGCGGUCAUGAAUCCUCUUAUCAUUCUCAGCAGGGCCGUCGUUUAGAGUUACCGAUAUUGGAGACUAGCCCAGUGACGAGACACGACAGCCAUGUGCCUCAACAAUCACCAUAUCACACCUACCACGAGCCACGAAGAGAGUACGAUCCUAGACGCGAACGCCCACAUGAGCCACCUUCAGCAUCCUACUUACCGAACCGUGCAGAGGAGCAGCAUUAUAGGAGUCCUGCCGGAUCCAUUGAUCGACCACGGACCCAUGCAUUUCCACCUAAUGCUCCUGAGUCAUCGAAGAAGUACAUCGGUGUUAGAGAGGUUCCUGGCGAAGGACAAUUCCACCUCUACGAAGGUGGCUACCGCAUUCCCACCUCAGUCGACGGCGAGAACGUCAAUCCUGCCUGGGGCCUCACUAAAGCAAAUAAGCCAAGGAAACGCUUGGCCAUGGCAUGCCUAGACUGUCGCGAGAAGAAAAUCAAGUGCGAGCCUGGAGCCAGCAGCUGCCUGCAGUGCGAGAAGGCUAAGCGGCCGUGUCGAAAAGCUCCUACCCACCAAUCCCAGUCCGAGCCGGGCACGACGCCUGUAUGGCAAAGCAGUGCUGGAUCUCCAGUCCGCAACACAGGCUUUCCCGAUCCAAACCACGCAAACAUUCGCGAACUCGAAUUCGACCCUUCCACGAAACGCAGGACGCUUGAUGAUGAUUCUCCUUCUGGUGGACCUGCCAAGAAGCAUAGAUCGACAUCACCAGUACAGGCAGUAAACGGCAAUGGUUUGCCUGGACACGGCUCAGCAAGUCUUCACACCUCGCCGGUCAUGCCGAGAUCACCAGGAAAAGUCGUGUGUUUGGAGGAAGACCCGUACGCGGCAGAGCCUGAAAUGACACUGACUCUCCUAGAGUACUACCUAACAGACGUCAACGAUGCGACGUAUCGCAUGUUCCCGCGGCACCAUUUGAUGCAUUGGCUUCGUGCAUAUCCUCAGAAGUCCCAAAAUGAGAGAAUGGUGCUGUACGCCAUCCUCGCUCUUGGCUCCACUUUCGCGGACGAUCAGUACUCAGGAUUCGGGAAACAUUGCGCAAACAUUGCCACAGAGGCUGUGCUCUCCAAGUCUGGUCGUUCCACCAUGGCCUUCAUACAGACACGCUUAAUUCUGGGCCUAUAUCACUUCGCAAGAGGCGCUAACAGCGCCGCUUGGGAGUAUAUUUCCGCUGGCGUCAGCGCAGGGAGCUACUUGUGCUAUCAUACAGAGGAUGGGUGUGCCGAGGACGAGACAGCCGGAGAACGGCGCAGCGAAUUCGCUCUUUCCAAAGAGCAGCUGAUCGAGUGCAAACGGCGGACCUUGUGGUCUGGCUUUAUCAUGGAUCGAUAUUGCGGCGCCACGCACACGAUGAUCAAUAACCAGGACAUCUUCAUCCGCCUACCUUGUACAGAUGAUGCUUUCGAGCGCGGUUUCGCCUCCAACGCCCCGUAUCAUAACAAUGGCAUCGUCGAUCCUUCCAGGGCCAUACUUACUGCGUCCAGCGCUCUUUCACCCAUGGCCUGGGUCAUCUUAAUAUCCGCAAUCUGGGGGGAUGUCGUCAACUUCAUCAACCGAUCGGUACAUCGCGCUCCGAACUCGUACGAAGAUCAAUAUGAAAAGUUCUACGACGACACCCACGCCGCGUUGCAAGGUUGGCAAUCGCGCUUACCAGAUCAUCUGCAGUUCUCGCGACCCAACGCAGAGAGAAGCAUACAGGGGGGAUAUGCUGGACCUUUCGUUUCGAUGCAUAUCUUGUACCAUCUCUCUUUCUUGAAGAUGAACAGAUUUGUGAGGCAUGAGUACAUUUCGAAGUCGAUUGCAAGGAACGUACGAGGCACACAUCGACAUGCCCUUGAGAUUCUACAAGUCAUGAGCUGCUUGCGGGCCGCAAAUGAUGGUCUGGCAAAGGAGAACCAUCAAACAUUUUCUCUCACCAUGUCGUUUGCAGGCUACGCAAUUCUGGCUGCCAUCGACGUCGUUGGAGCUGGUGGUCUGGACUCAGGCUUGACUACGACACUGGAUCUCAUUGGCUGUGGUUUGGAGUCGUUGCGCGAACUCGGCAGAUACUGGAACAGCGCAAGGGAUCAGCACAAGGCGUGCGAAAAGCGAUUCUAUCAGAUUCACAAUGUCCUCAAGCAUCCAUUCACAGCACGCAGCGGCUGCUGGCUCGGGCGAGAAUGGGGCGUGCACUCAUCACUGGAACGUGAGUUCGACCUGAAGGACGAUUGCAUUUAUGGCGUCUCGGACAGGGACUACUUCGAUGCCUUGAAAGAGGAUACUCCGGAAGGGAGGCCAAACGGCACUUUACGCAUCGCUUGA